CGCGUGCGCAUAGAGUACCGCCGUUGUAAUGGCGGCUGCUGCCACGCCAGUGCUGCUGGGUCUUCGAGACGCCGAGAUGAGGGGCAACUUUGAGGAAUCCCAGGAUGGAGCUUGGGCUGUCAAUAAAAUGGGCGGCGUCCCGGAUAGCCUGCCCGAGGUCCCCGCCCCCCGGCCGGGCUGCGGGCGCUGCGGGGCCGCGAUGGCGCACGUCGUCCAGGUAUACUGCCCCCUGGAAGGCUCCCCUCACCACCGGCUGCUGCACGUGUUUGCCUGUGUCCACUCGGAUUGCGUGGGGCAGCGGUGUAGCUGGAAGGUGUUUCGCUCCCAGUUUUUGCAGAUGCAAGAAGAGUACGUACAGGGUUCCAAACUAAAGCAGAAAGAGGAAAAUAACUUUGCAGUUAAAGACUGGUGUGAAGGAGCAGAAGACUGGGGAGAUGACAGUGAAAGCGAUCUUGCACCAUGGAUUACCAAUGAUCUACUUGACUCAAAUGUAGGAGAUAAUUUUAAUGUAGAUGAAGACAGAGAAUGUAUGUCCCAACUCCAAGAACUCACACUAGAUGAAGCUUUAAGUGACUCUCAUUCCUUUGGUCAUACAAUACCAGCAGGAGAAGGACAUGUACUGCCUAGUUCAUCAGUUCCUGUGUUUAAGCCCUACUAUAUCAAUGUUGUGGAUGAGGAAGAUUAUAUUAACUUUGUUGAUACAAAUCAUGCCCAAAAACUUCUGCAAGAGUAUAGGCAAAGGGAGGGAAUUGAACUGGAACUUUUGAUAGCUCAAAGUUUCAUUUUUGACAAUGGUGAAAAAUAUGAGAAGGCUGUUUCUGAAAGUAAUGAUAAAAUAUUUUAUAAAUUUAUGAAAAGAAUAUCUGCCUGCCGUGAACAGAUUCUGAGGUAUUCUUGGAAUGGGCAGCCUCUCUUUAUAACCUGUCCUUCAUCAGAUGCUACUGAGAUUCCAUCCUGCAGUAACUGUGGGAGCUGCAGAGUAUUUGAGUUUCAGCUUAUGCCUGCAUUGGUCAGCAUGCUCAAAAAUACUCUGUUAGAUAUCUCUGUUGAAUUUGGAACAGUUUUAAUUUAUACUUGUCAGAAGAGUUGUUGGCCUACUAAUCAUCAAAAUCCAAUGGAAGAGUUUUGUAUUAUACAAGAAGAUCCAGAUCAAAUGUUAUUUAAAUAGAAUCUUUCCUUUUCAUUGUGUAAAUAAAAUUUAAUUUUUAAACUGGCAAAA